AGUCGCGACAGAAACCAUUUAAGACCCCAAACGAAAAAGACUUCACUAAACAAAACUCAAAAAACUCUGAAUCCCUCCCUGUAAAAUCUCGUCUUCUUCAAUAAUCCGCUGACAAAGAACCAUAGAUUGGGCUAAACUAACCUACUCCACCACCUAGAACCACCGCCCGCCACCACCUAUAUGCUAAUUCCACCGUCACUCUCCGCGUCCCCAAUUGCAAACGUCUCAUUUCAAUUAUUUCUUUCGAUUUUGGGGUUGAUGUUCUCCAUCUGUAAAUCCAAGAAGAAAAUGACCGCAGAAGUCAUUGAACACUCAACCAGACCAAAAUCAUCAUCACCGAGAAAGUCCAAGAAAUCCCAACAAUCUUCAAUAGAAAACUCAUCAACCAGCACCAACAAUUUCAUGAUCCCAAGCACAGCCUCCACCUCGAGCUUCUAUAAAGAUUCAUGGCAAUCCUCGUUAUCUAGCCGUACUUCUCUUUCAAGCCUCCGAGAAUCCGUCCUCGCAGAACAGCCCCACAUCUAUGAUUUUUCGGAAAUUUCCGCCGCAACUCGCAAUUUCUUACUAAAGCCGUCCACUUCAUCCUCCUCGUCCACUUCUUGGCGGUGCAGUGUGCGCAAUCAGGAUGUAAUUGUUUUCCAGCGGAAGUUCCGGCGCCAAUUGGACACCCAGCAGUUAAUAGGUCAUCUUUCUGUUAUUUGCAAGAGUCAUCACUCCAGUUUGGUGAGAUUAAAAGGGGUUUCAAUUUCCGGCAAUUAUAUAUACUUGGUUUAUGAUUAUAUUUCUGGGGCUAGUCUUGCUGAUUGUUUGAGAAAUGUGAAAAACCCAAAUUUUACUGUGUUGUCUAGCUGGAUUUCGCGUAUUCAGAUUGCUUCUGAUGUUGCUCAUGGCCUUGACUAUGUUCAUAAUUCGACUGGAUUGGGUUUUGAGUUUGUGCACAAUCAUAUAAAGAGUAGUAGUGUUAUUGUUACAGAGACGUCCUUAAAUGCGAAAAUAUGCCAUUUUGGUACUGCUGAGCUUUGUGGUGAAAUUGUGAGAGAGACUGGGAAGUUGAAAGAGCUGAAGAGAUCAGAUAGUAAGAUGAACAAGUUCGAGGGGACUAGGGGUUACAUGGCGCCAGAAUUUCAGAUAAGUGGGAUUGCAACGCAGAAAUGUGAUGUGUAUGCAUUUGGGGUUGUGGUUCUGGAGUUAUUGUCCGGGAUGGAGGCAUUGAGUUAUAGGGUUGAUGAGGAAACUGGAGCUUAUGUGAGGACAUCGGUGGUAGAGGUGGCUAGACAGGCGGCGGAGAGUGGUUAUGGAGGGAUAAGGAAGUGGGUCGACAGGAGGUUGAAGGACUCUUUCCCGGUGGAGGUGGUGGAGAAAUUGACGCGGCUGGCGCUGGAUUGUGUUGCGGAUGAUCCAGGAACCCGGCCAGAUAUGGGCCAGGUGGCUGGUCGAAUAUCACAAAUGUUUUUGGAAUCACAGAAAUGGGCUGAGAAGAUGGGCGUGCUUACAGAUUUAACGGUCUCUUUGGCACCCCGGUGACACCCAAUCGAAUGCUUUUGCAUUUCAUUCUUCUCCUUUUUUUGGCCUUUGGAUUUUGUAUGCAUGUACAUGUAUAGAUAUAGAUACACAUGUAGUUUACAAGAGCUUUCAUUCAUUUUCCAAGUUAUCAUUCUUUUCUCAAACAUCUAUGAAAAUUGAUUGUAUUAAAAUUUAACAAAACAUAUUAAUGAGAAGACAGCUUACAUGCUUUUGCUUUA